CCGAAAAGCAAAAAAGCGAAAACCGGAGCGCUGGAAGCUGGCUGGAGCGCGUCGGGCACGAGUCGACUCUAUUUCUCCAGGAUUUUUCGUCGCGCGAGAACCGCUCUUUCGAGAAAGCAGCGUGCUUCCCACGAACGUGUAAUAUGUUCGAGAGAAAACUGAGGGCGCUUGGCUACUUGGAGUGGGACAAAGUCGACGGAAACAAUACUGAGCACUUCAGAAAGGUAAUUGUAUGGUUGGAAGAUCAAAAAAUACGCCUUUAUACGAUAGAGGACCGUCAGAAGUUGAGAGACAUUACCUCCCCCGAAUGGCCAAAUAUCUUCGAAAAGUAUUGCAAUGAUGUCAAUUGUUCAAUAACUAAUAAGAACGAGGUUGAUCUGUUAGAAUGGUUCUUAGGAUAUGCCAUUUGGCUAGAAUUUGGAGAUGAUUGCAAGAAAUAUCAACAAGUCAUAGGAAGUAAAGCAAAAAAUAAAGAAGAAGUGAAAGUGCCUAAUAUUAAAUCCACAAAUCCUUUAGACACUUUAAAUUUCGAUAAUGAUGCUUUCAAAAACGGAGUUAAUUCAAUAGCCAAAUUAUUGAAUGUACCAAAGCAUUCUGAUCAUCUCAUCACGCUACAAGCGUGCAGUAAACUUGUGUGUAACAAGUUAAAUUCUGAUGCAAUUAAGCAAAGUAAUAACACUAUGAACGCAAAGAAUAAAUCCCAAACGAAGAUGGUAGGACCUAGCUUUCAUAUGGGCGACGCGAUGUUGGACAAUGCUGCCAAAGGCCUUUCCUUAUUGUACAUUCAAGAUCUUAGAAAUCUCCAGACGAAAAUUAACGAAACAAUAGUUGCUGUGCAAAAUAUAACGGCUAAUCCGAAAACUGACACUAAAUUAGGAAAAGUUGGUAAAUAAAUGGCUGUUUGUUAAUAUUUUAUACUAUAGGAAAAGGCAGGUAUCUGAUACCUUGAUCGAGGAACAUAGACAAAUUAGCAAAAUGCUUAAUGUCAUGUACAGGUCUCAAAACAAUUUUAAACUAAAAUUUGUAAAACAAAGUAAUGUAAAAUGUUUAUUUUUGUUUCAUGCCAAAUUUAUAAGUGUAUGAUUUUGCAAUAAAAUACAGUAUAAUGUU